AUGUCACCAAAAAAGGGUCAAGCACCAUCCUUACCAGGCCUACCAACGUAUUCCUCCUCCGGCUCCUCCUCCAGUAGCUCAGAGUCAGAACCAGAAGACUACAAACCAAAGGUCAACGAAGGAGCAGACGCAACCCAAAUAGUAACCGCAACCCAAGAAGUAGAGCCAACCCACAAGGUGUACGCAAUCCAAGAAGUACGGCCAAAACAAGAAAUAGAGCCAACCCAAGAAGCAGAGGCAGCGCCAGGAGUCGUGGGAUACACCUGGCCACCGCCGGGCUCACCCACAGAACCCGACACCGACAAAGCCGAACUUGACCAAGAUGACAUUGAGAUAAAUUGGGAUAGUGACGAAGACCCACACAAGCCCGAUGGAAAGGGAGAGGAGCCCAGCGUCGAAGAGCCCCAGAAUCCUGGUGUCGAAACCCAACCCACCACCAUCGUACAGCAGACUACCAUAGAACGCAUAGAAAAAACGCCAUCGUGGGCAGGCUCUGUAUACUCAUUCAAAACACCAGCACCCUCUUCAACAGCGUCCUCGCCGCUCGGCCCAAAGAGUCCCACUCCACCUCCUCCUUCUCCAGGUCCACCUGCGAACAAGCAGAAGGUGAAAGGUAUGCCAGCGGGCAUUGCUCCGAGAGCAGGACACCGACAUGCAGAGACGGGCAUGGAGGAUGACGCGCCGGAUGCUGGGGUAGCCCGCGCGGUAGCCGCAGCAAAGAAACGAAAACGGGCGGAGGAAGCGAAGACUAAGCGCAAGGCGCCGCCGCGGAAGAAGACACGGUUUGCGUUACCGGAGAAGGGGGAUGAGGAUGACGACGAUUUGUCUGAUGCUCCAUCUGAACCAGCAGUAGUUGAAACGGGGAAGAAGCCGAGGAAGAAGAAGAACAACAACAACGGGAAAAAAGAAGGCACAAAGCCGAAACCGGGCAAAGCCCCUCCCAAAAAACCGACAAAGAAUACCCCGAAAGGCGGGAAGACAAAGAAGGGUGAGGGUAUAGAGAAAGUGAAGUGUAGUGGAAGAACGACGAAGGGCGAGCCGUGUAAGAAUGAGAAGAAUGUGAAGGAGGGAGAUGAUUAUAAUUGUGGGAAGCAUAAGUCUGAUAAGUGA